UUUUAUUCAUUUGUCAAUGGCAAUGGCUUCCUUUCAUAAAUAGAAAUUCUCUCCGUCUCCGUCUCUCUCGACUCUGCGUGUGGGUAUAAAGACUGAAGAGCAUGAUGUUGUCGAUUCCAGUUCAACCAAGUGCGAAGAGCAUUUUGUCAUUCCCUUCUUUUACUUCCCAGAAGCCCUGUUUUACACCCAUCAAAACCUCAAAUUCAUUGAAACCCAGAGCUUCCUCUUUGCAUUCCUCAACCCAUCUUGGCCUAAAAAUUAGACCUACUGGUAGAAUUCAAAGGCUUAAUGCUGCCGCCGCCUCAGAAUUAGCUCCUGCGGAAACACCCACUGAGGUUUCGGACUCUGAGCUUGCACAAAAAUCUGAGAAGCUAGGAGUGGAGGUUAAAUCAGUGGAGAAGCCUAGAUUGGUAUUGAAGUUCAUUUGGAUGGAAAAGAACAUUGGUCUUUGCCUCGAUCAGAUGAUACCGGGCUAUGGCACCGUCCCUUUGAGUCCUUACUUCUUUUGGCCAAGGAAGGACGCAUGGGAAGAGCUGAAGACAACUCUAGAGAGUAAACCAUGGAUAUCCCAGAAGAAAAUGAUUAUACUUCUUAAUCAGGCCACUGAUAUUAUCAAUCUGUGGCAACAGAGUGGUGGCAAUUUGUCCUAGACACCAGUAUAGGGUUGUCACUUGUUUAGUCUUUAAUGUAACAUUUUUGAGUUUAAGUUGAUUUCGUACUAUAUUGUACCUGUGAUUCAAAUUUGGGCCAAUAUAAUUGAACUGAGAAGCUGUUUAAAGCAUGUUCCUCUAUGGUUAAUUUAUGCAGAGUUUUGAAAUUUCA